AUGGAGGAACGUGCCACAAUUUAUGGAACAGAUUUACCUGUACUUGUCCAGAUGAAUAUUAUGGAACACGAUGUGAAAACACAUGUACAAAACCAGAGAAUUGCCAGCAUCAAAGGUGUAGCACUCGAGAAAACUACAUUUGUACCAAAUGCAUUGAUCAGGGAACAGAUCGAAAACACUCAAUCUAUUACGUUUCUCCAAAUAAUAAAACAUGUGAAGUUGUCAUCAAGGGACUCACACAAAAUCUGCAAUCUUAAUAUUGCACCUAAUUUGGAAACCUGUCGACUGGGCGUACAAAAUAUUGGAGGCGAAGCACGUAAUUCUACGUCUAUAGGACCAUGCCUCCAGGAGAAAUAUAAUUAUAUGAAGUUUCAACCAGUUAGUUCGUCAUUUGUGUUUUCAUUCGGGAGCACGAUAAAUGUUUCAUCCAAUGUUCCGGACCACAUUUCAGAAUAUCAGUUUGGUAUCGUUAACACAACGAUUUUAGUUUCAACGAGAAAUAUCAAUGGCCAUCAAAAGAACAAAAAGUAUUUAAAUCCAAAGCAGACAAACAGUUGUUCCAGAAAUAAUUUUACCGACACAAAUCCUAUAUCGACCAUUAUUACCUGUAAAAUGACUAUUGCAACAACAUGGGUUAUACAAGAUGGGGAACAGCUUUGUAUGGAGUUCACAGCAUAUGCUGGAGGAUACCUGAAAACGAAGGAUUUCUAUGGCAACCCUUCACUCCCUCAUAUAUACCGUACUACACAGUCAUCAUAUGAAGUGUGCAUGAGACGAGACUCUGCGGCACCGAAACACUGUUUAGAAGAUAAUUCUUGUACAAAGAAUGAAGUUAUUCUUUUUGAAAAUCGAAUUACUAAUUCGGUAGACUUAAACAUCUCACUCAAAGGCUGGUUUGAUCCUUAUCGUUUCGCCCCUGAAGAAGCCUCUGGAAUUCAAAGUUACUCAAUUACAAUACAUGAUAUGAAAGAAGUCGAUGAAUCAACACUUUCAAUGGAUGAAGCCAGUGUAUUAACUCUGAAUAUUUCAAGUGACGUUGACUCAAUUCAUCUGCCUGAUAAACAGCCCGCCUUGUACGGCGUUUCACUUAAUAUCCUUGAUAAUGCUGGUAACUUCAAACAAGCAAGACGAUUUGUAUUGUUUGAUAAAUCAUCAGAGAUUCAUAUCAAUGCAGAAAACAAACUUAGAGGUGUUGGAUAA